AUGAACAAACAACUGCACUGGCAGCAGCGCAUCGCCCUCGUCCGCCACAACCUGCACGCAGCACACCGCUCAGGCGACUUCACUUUCUUCAAGACCUUGCAGGCUCAAGCUCUUUUCGACAACACCAAUCACGUUGCUACAUUGUCAGCAACUCUUGGUGACGAAGCUGAUAGCGUGCUUUCCGGCCUCGAUGACUUGAAUGCUUCGAUUGCUCAUGUGCAUGAGGACGCUUUCAAAAAUGUUUACAACAGUCUCAAGACUUAUCUUUUUGAGGCUGGCGUUGGCAAUGGUGGGUGUCAUGAGAAAAGCAAGGUCUUCGUUGAUGUGCAGAUGCAGAAGCAGAUGGCCGAUCAUGCGAUCGACAAGGCUACUUCUUCUGCUAUCGCACUGAUCCAGCAGCAGCCGAUCAGCGUUCAAAACACCGCCGCCGCUGUUUGGAUCACCGGCACCACUAUCAUCGCUGACAGCAUUGAGAUUGUCCUGAAGCAUCUUUUGGCUCUCGAUCAGAACAUGCACGACUUCAUCCGCCUCGAGGAAAGCUGGAACGAAGUCAAGACCAGCGUCGGUCACGGCGUCUCUGCCUUGAAAGGAGUCUUCAACCUCAUGAGCGGUGAGCCCGAGCCCGAUACCGUGGGUACCUCCUCUCGCUCCUCCAGCUUCUCUGGAACCAUGUUCCGUCGUUUCUCGAGCGCUUUCAGCUCCGCACCUGCCAGCCGCUCCUCUACUGUCUCGCUUCCUGGCAGUCGCUCUGGUUCUUUCUCCACUCAGAACCAUCAUGUCAGGUCUUCGUCGUUCAAUGCUCCUGACUAUAAUGGACGCAACAGCUUCCGCAACAGUAUUUCUUCUGCUUGUCCCAUGUCUUUGCCUGCUAAUCAGGGGUGGAAGCAUACUAAUCUUGAUACUAUCCCUCCGACCCCUGCAGCUGGAGAUAUUGGUGAUCAAGAGGUUAAUCCUUUCGAUACGUCUCUGCCGCCCAUGCCAGAGAUCCCUAGUUUAAUGGACCAUAGAUCUGAGCAGGCUGUGAUGUGA